GUAUGGUUUUCGAACAGGAGGGCCAAAUGGCGUCGUGAAGAAAAACUAAGGAACCAAAAACGACCGCCAGGUAUGGAUACAACAAUGGCACCAGCUAAUUCCAAUGUCAGUGCUAAUAGCGCUGCCGGUAGUUCCGGCUCAACGCAAGGUAGCUUAUUGAAUCCUGGAAGCACGGGUACACCUUUAGGCAGUAGUCCUACUGCUACACCAGCAAGGUUUAAUAAUCCGGUUAUUAGCAGCAGCUUCGCUCCUCCCAGCACACAGAUGUAUCCUUUGCCACAACCUGCAAUGGAUCCCUACAGCUUUGCAAAUGCUGGAUUAGGAAUGGGAACAUCACAACAUCCGUCUGAUUUUAGUUCUUAUCAUAUGUUCUCUAGCGCUGGUAGGUCACCCUACGAUGCUUUUCAUCCAUAUGCUCGAACAGUUCAACCAGGUGCACCACCGACAUUUGCUUCUACAAUGAACCAUUCUUCAAUUUCCAAUGUUGGUGAUGAAACCGCUAAAAUCCCGUCGAAAUCUAAAUAUGAACGCUAUUCAUGUGGUACUCUGCUUCACUUCUCAGCAUCAUUAACAAUAUUUAUCAUCUCAAAUCUAGUUAAAAAACGUGGAAAUGGUUCUAACUGCCGUUUGGUCUCUUACAAAUCAUCUUUUAUGGUUAUGGCAGUCGUUUUUCGAAGUCUUGGUGCAGGCAUGAGUUUACCGGUCUCUGUAUUAUCAACAAUUGAUCAAACGAUUCCAUCGCAGCAGCCACCACGAUUUGAUGAUUUAACAGAUGCGCACCAUGAUCCACAGUACUGGCGUACCAAUUUUUCAUCCUAA